GGUUAGCUCUUUAAACUCAGCCCAGCUAGCGAAGGCUCGGGACUCCACGGCAGCCCGGAGAAGAUGCAAGGUCUUUCGCGUUUUUAAGCAACCCCAUCCUCCUUGCCCUUUUAACGCUGAGGGUACUGGUAUGGUUUCGGAGAAUGGAAACAGACGACGUGACGGUUAGAGAGCAACUUUUCCACAACCGCGUCCGGGAGACCAUACUUUUGAAACUCCGAAACUUGUUCUGGUUCCUGCUGCAUAUCCACCCCACUUUAAAGAUCUGUCAGCACACCCUGAAUCGAAGAUGCGAGGCCAAACUGGAAAAAUGUGUUAUCUGUGUACUCCUCUUCACAUGCCUUUACAUGGUGUGCUACCUCAUCCUUACCCACUUCAAGAAGGCUGCAGAGUUUGUCACAGGUGAGUGGGGAGGUCUGCGGAUCGAUGGCGGGCACAAAGAGUGGCCUGUUAGCAAGCUGUUGAUAGAAGGCUCUCUGAGGAGCGCCUUCAGGGAGCCCAGCAACAUUAAGAAGCACACUGAUUACGUUGAUGACAUUGAAGACGCCACCGUCAAUAAAAUUGCGCUGUGGUUGUGCACCUUCACCCUGUCCGUCGCAGUGUGUGCUGUGCUGCUUCUUCCCAUCUCCAUUCUCUCCAAUGAGGUGCUGCUCACCUUCCCGCAGAGCUACUACAUGCAGUGGCUCAACGGAUCUCUCAUACAUGGCUUGUGGAACCUAGUUUUUCUUUUCUCCAAUUUGUCCCUGGUCUUCCUCAUGCCUUUUGCAUACUUCUUCACUGAGUCCGAGGGGUUCGCGGGGUCCAAAAAGGGAGUGAUGGCUCGAGUGUACGAAGCCGUGGUGCUGCUGUUGCUGCUGGCUCUGCUGGUGCUGGGCAUUGUGUGGGUGGCGUCAGCCCUCCUCCAUGACAACAUUGCACGAAAGAGCCUCUAUGACCUGUGGGAGUAUUACCUUCCCUACCUGUACUCGGGCAUCUCUCUGUGUGGAGUGCUGCUGCUCUUGUUGUGCACCCCCUUUGGGUUGUCUCGAAUGUUCAGCGUUACAGGCAGCCUGCUUGUCAAACCGCGGCUGCUGGAAGACGUUGAGGACACACUGAGCUGCACCAUAUUUGAGGAAGACUCGCUCUCCAGAAAACUCAAAAGCGGCAGCACGUCAUGCUGGGUCAAGCUGAACCUGGAGGCCAUGAGAAAGGAGUACCAAACGGUCCGGAGCAAGCGUGUGGCUCUGGAGAUGCGUAGGAAAGCGUCCCCAUGGCAGCGAAACCUGGGCUACCCUCUGGCAAUGCUUGUGCUUCUCGCGCUGACUGUGAUGUGUGUAUUGCUGGUCUGUUUUAAUGUAUUGGAGCUGCUGCUGGAUGAGACGGCGAUGCCCAGAGGAAUGGAGGAUCCUCACCUGGGGAUGGCCUCCUUCUCCAUGUUUGGCUCACUGGGUGCUGCAGUUCAGGUCGUCCUCAUCCUCUAUCUAAUGGUGUCCUCAGUGGUGGGCUUCUAUAGUUCUCCUCUCUUCUCCAGCCUCCUGCCUCGUGCAAAAGACACCAACCUGACACAGAUUAUCGCAAACUGUGUUUCACUGCUAAUCCUGAGCUCCGCACUGCCAGUCUUUUCACGCACACUUGGCAUCACCAGCUUUGACUUACUGGGAGACUUUGGCCGGUACAACUGGCUCGGGAACUUCUACAUCGUCUUCCUCUAUAACAUGCUGUUUGCCGGUCUCACCUCUGCCUCCCUGAUAAAAACAGUCACCUGGGCCGUACAGAGGGAGCUCAUCCGUGCCUUUGGACUUCACCGGCUGCCUAUAACCGUCUCACGGUCCACCGUCCCCUUCAGACUGCUUCUAGCCAGUGGACUCUCUAAAAUCCAGUGACCUGUCUCCUCUUCAUCAUUGCCUUCCUGAACCCUUACAAACUGAGCCCUCUCAGAUGUGCACCUGUUGGAAGGCGUUGGCCGUUCAGUCUUGGAGCUGGUUGGCGCACAGACCUGAUCUGUGUGAGCCAA